GCUGAUAGAGAAAAACGGCGGAUCAGUUUGUAGGCGGUCACUGGAGUGUCAAGUAGCCAUGUUUACCUCGCUGUUUAUCGUUGCGCUGUGUGUACUCUCUAACGCGGGAGCAUCCACAUGGUAUGAGCGAUACGUGGAGUUCUUCCAACAGACUGUUCCCAACAACAGCACUCUGGUACAGAUGUGGAAGGACCACGUCACACAGUAUGAAAUCAAGCAUUCGAAGAGGGCAACGUAUCCUAUUCCUGCUUUUACCUGUCCGACUGGUACAGCCUCCCUCGGCAUAGCUCCUCGCACUGUACAUGAGCUUCAGCCAUCCGACAUCAGCGUGGUCGCUGCUAUAGGGGACUCCUUAACGGCUGGAAACGGAAUAGACGCCCUGACCCUCAUUGGAGAUUUUACAGAAUAUAGGGGUCGUGCCUGGAGUAUCGGGGGAGAUGGAAACUUGAAUGAUCGACUUACGUUCCCUAAUAUCCUGAAAAACUACAAUCCCAACAUUCGCGGAUGGUCAAGUGGGACAGGAAACGUGCACAGCGCAGGCGCCAGGCUAAAUGUAGCUGUCGCCGGGAGUGUCUCAUCAGAUUUGAAGAAUCAGGCCAACAUGUUGGUACAGAGAAUCAACAGUGAUCCUAAUAUUAAUGCCGCCUCGGACUGGAAGGUGGUGACUUUGUUUAUAGGCGGUAACGAUCUGUGUGAUUAUUGUACAGACAAGGCGAAGUUCAGUGCCGUUAACUACGCCGGCCACAUCGCUGAUGCACUUGAUAUUCUCCACGCCAAUCUCACCCGUACUCUCGUAAACGUGGUCCUCAUAUUCGACAUCGCACCGAUCGCUGCCAUGGACGGGGGAUUCUUCUGCAACUUAGCCCACAACAUUGUCUGUGCCUGCGGUAAGAACGAUGCUAAUGCAGCGAUGUUGUACGAAGCCACAGUUGCGUACCAAAUGGAAAGCAGCCUUCUUAUCAGCAGCGGCAGAUACGACACGAGAGAUGACUUCACUGCUGUCGUCCAACCCUUUUUCAGUAACACACUCCCACCAAAAACUCCGGGGACUGGGAAGAUAGACAUGUCCUAUUUCUCCCCGGACUGUUUCCACUUCAACGCCAAGGGACACGCCGCCGCUGCUCUUUCGCUAUGGAACAAUAUGGUGGAGACCUAUUCACAAAAGAGGCAGGAAUGGCAUCUCAACGAACCCUUCUACUGCCCAGGAAUACAGUCGCUGGGAGUCAAUUCCGGUCCAUAUUUUGCAACAAGCCAGAAUUCAAAUUGAGGUUGUUUUCUGUUUAGAUGUUUUAUUUUAUCAAUAAAUAUUUAUU